AUGGUCGGAGGGAGUUGCCUUUGCGGAAACGUCAAGUUCAAUCUCGAUGUUGACCCCGAGGCCGCGGAUAUGCAAACGAAAGCAUGCCACUGUCGGCCCUGUCGCAAAAUCACGGGUGCAUUUGCGUCGCUCAACCUGACCGUUCCCGCAAAGGCAUUCACCCUUACAAGCGGCAAGUUGAGGACGGUCAAGACGAAACACAUCGAUGAAGGCUUUGAAUUUUCCCUGUCCUUCUGUCCCGAAUGUGGGAGUCCUAUCUACGCAAUACCUCAUGGGCCAGGGCCGCAAGAUGUUCUUGUGAUUCAAGUGGGGACGCUUGACGACGCCAGCGUACUGGAGAAGGUACCGGCGGUUGAGAUGAACGUGAAGCAUAGACUGCAGUGGGUCAAGGAGGUUAAAGGGGCUGAACAGAGGGAAAAAUAUGGAUGA